AUGGGCCGAGGAUACAAGGAGGCGCCCUGGGUGUUCGAGGGGAGGGCGCUGUACCAGCUCAACCUGGUGCGGUCGUCGGAGGCGAAGAAGUACGUCCCGCCGGAUCUGAAGCUCGUUGAGUUUGCGGGAUGGACUCUCGGGGGGUGGUUCCUCGCCAAGUACGACGACAGCCCCGCGGGGCAGAUGCAGGAGUUCGUCGCCCUCGGGGGGCUCGUCUGGAACCCCCCGACGUCCUGCGCGUGGGCGGCCAGGGUGUUUGUGUCGGCCAAGGAGGCGCGCGACCACGGCGUCACGCACGUCGGCCUCCCGUCGCGCCGCGGCACCUUCUCGCUCGAGCCGUCCGAGCGCCCGGACGGCGGGCCGGCGUUCCUCCCGCCUCUGCGGAAGCGGCGGCCCGCCGGCUUCGUGAGCUGGUGGCAGGCGCAGAACCAGCCCAAGGUCGGCCGCCUCUCGCGGCGCCCCGCGGAAGGCAUGGGCAUGCACGGCGUGCUGAACAAGCCGCCGAACGCCGACGAGCUCCGCGAGGAAGGCAUCGAGGCCGACUCGGGCGUCGUGACGAUCCGCAACGCGGAGCGCGGGUACCGCGGCUUGGACGCGCCCGUUUGCAGCAUCGAGCUUCCGGCCGCCGCGCCGGCGGGGCAGUGGGCGCCGCGCCUCAAGAUUCCGCUCCCGAGCUUCAGCGGCAACACCGACGCGGUCCCCGGGCUGCUGCGGUACGCGUGCAACAUGCUCGCGAACGUGCGCUUCGUCAGGCCCUGCCGCGUGCACCUGCACGAGCCGUCGCAGCAGGACGCGAAGCGCGACCCGAACGAGCAGCUGCACGGGAUCCUCGCGGGCAAGCCCCUCCUGUGCAUCGCGUUCGACUCGAUGAAGAUGAGCGUCGGACAGCCCGAGGUGAUGCGCACGCGCAGGCGGAGACUCAAGCCCGCGCUCGCGUGA